AUGGACAACGAGGAGUACGUAUUCUGUCCAAGCGUCUCUACAGCUCCGCCGAGAUCAAGGGCCUCAUCGACGACUAGAACCAUGCUCCACUCUUGCUGACCUUUGGCAACGCCAUCUUCUCUUACCCUUUCGCUCCGCCACUCGUCGUUUCAUCGAUGCGUACCCUUGACCUUGCAGUCUCAUCGACUACGAGGAGGAGGUUCCUCAAGUCGCCGACGCUACCGUCACCAAUGGAGCCAGUGCCACUGACGGCGCAGCUAACGGCGCAGAGGGAGCCACAGACACCAAAAAGGCGAGCAUCAGACCUUAGCACCGUUAUUCAGUUCGCUUCCUUUCAGCUGCGGGAUCUCUAGCCUUCGUUCUUCAUCUCGACCGCCUCCUGCUGUCUAGUGCGCGCGCGGCUAUUCGAGUCAGAAGCUUGGUCUGCAGUCGGGGCGCAGACCCAUAUCUCUUCUCAACUUACGUGAUUCGUCCGUGGGGAAGAGCGCCCGGCGUAUCCGGGUCAGAACGCUUUAGGUCCAGUGGUAUAAGACCUUCAACAAUUGGCAUGUGGCGGAAGUUUGGCGUCGGGAUAGGGCAGCUCUCUCUUCGUUGUGACCUCUGGACCGCAAGUCGAGGGCAAACGCACAAAAUACGGAGAUUUUGCCAUAGCGAUAUCUUUCGUCGUGGUAAUACAACGAACAGAGAUGCACAUGUCGAAGACAGGGAGCCCUUUCGCACUGGUCAACUCGAAAUUGCUUGCGAGCAGUGUUCGGAAUCCGGCUCAAGGACGCCGGACUGGCGGCUCAACAUCGAUUAGGCGUCUAACGACCUUCGAGGCGAAGCAGAGACCUAGUGCGAGUGCUGAGCGCAAGACAUUUGUCGACAUUGUCAGAGUGGAGAAGACUUGCCUCUCUCAUGUUAUCCGUAUGUUGAGCAUGCUUCUUACAGUCUCUUUUCAUCUAUUGCCCUCCACUCCACCCCACCAUCCUUCGGCUCCAUUUCGCCGACACUUCAAUUUGCACGACGGCAAAUUACUGCUGCGCCCUGCAUUCCUUGUCACACCUUCUUCACCUCCACAGAACUCCUAUGCUGGUGUUCACUCCACAGGUUUCCGAGACUUCCUCUUGAAGCCAGAACUUUUGCGCGCCAUUGCCGAUCUCGGAUUUGAGCAUCCCUCCGAAGGUGAGCAUACCAAGCCUUCUCAGCAUGAACGAGCUUUUGAAUGACAUCAUGCUCCUCACGCUGCAGUGCAACAGGAAUGCAUUCCUCAGUCUAUCCUCGGUAUGGACCUCGUCUGCCAGGCCAAGUCGGGUAUGGGAAAGACUGCCGUCUUCGUCCUUGCCACUCUUCAGCAGAUUGAGCCCGUCGAUGGGGAGGUGUCCGUCAUCGUCCUGUGCCACACCAGAGAGUUGGCGUUCCAAAUUCGCAACGAGUACGCCCGCUUCUCUAAGUACAUGUCGGACGUCAGGACCUCGGUGUUCUACGGCGGCACACCCGUUGCUACUGAUCAGGCAACGCUCAAGGACAAGACGAAGUGCCCUCACAUCGUUGUUGGUACGCCAGGCCGUAUGAACGCGCUUGUCAGAGACAAGAGCUUGAAAGCUAGCGGCGUUAAGCACUUCAUCCUCGAUGAAUGUGACAAGAUGCUCGAAGAGAUUGGUAAGUCAGGCCCGGACGAAAAGUAGUCCGCCGUAAGACUGAUGUUGGUCGCCUCGCAUUUUGACAGGCAUGCGCCGAGACGUGCAGGACAUCUUCCGGGCAACGCCACACCACAAGCAGGUGAUGAUGUUCAGUGCUACACUUUCUGAGGCAGUCCGACCGACCUGCAAGAAGUUCAUGCAGAAUGUGGGUGCUGCGAAUCCCAAUCGCUCGACAUGCGUCCGACUGACCCCGUGUUGGAAUCGCUUUGCCUACACAGCCUCUAGAGAUCUAUGUCGACGACGGCGCUAAGCUCACCUUGCACGGCCUGCAACAGUACUAUGUGCAAAUUGAGGAGAACGCGAAGAACCGCAAGCUUAAUGACUUGCUCGACUCUUUGGAGUUCAAUCAGGUGAGCAGCGCGCAAGUCAUGCGCAGGCAGCGACCAUGAGCUGACCCCUCACACGUUCUCGCCAGGUCAUCAUCUUUGUUCGCAGCACAGCGAGAGCGAAUCAGCUUAACCAGCUCUUGAUCGAGUGCAACUUCCCUUCGAUCUGCGUGCACGGUGGUAUGAGACAGGACGAGCGUAUCGAGAGAUACCAGCAGUUCAAGAAGUUUGAGAAGCGUAUUCUCGUAGGUGCGUACUUGCAGGACAUCGUGCGCAACACGCUUGAAUGCGUACAUGGGCUGAUACAGUCGCGUUACACAGCCACCGACGUGUUUGGGCGAGGUAUCGAUGUCGAACGUGUAAACCUGUCAAUCUCGUACGAUGCUCCCACGUCUGCCGAUGAAUGGCUGCACCGUGCUGGACGUGCUGGUGUGAGUGACGUGCUGCAUACAUUCUCAAAGGCGCGGUUGUCGCUGACCAACUCGACCUUUCCCUGGCCCCUCUAGCGUUUCGGCACGAAAGGUCUAGCUAUCUUGUUCAGUUCUUCGGAGGACGACAAGAAGGUCCUCGAGGACAUUCAAAGUCGCUUCUCGGUCAAAAUUCCCGAGAUGCCGGAGACCAUCGAGGCCUCGACGUACAUGAACUAA